GCAUGCGCACUAGUGAUUUACUCCAAAUUGUCAGUGCUUUAUCAAAAGUUGUGAUAUCAUAAAUAUAAUUAAAAAAGCAAAUUUUUCCCCUCAAUUUAUUAAUUAUACAUAUGUUAUUAGUGUAAAAGAUAACUUUCAUGGAUCGAGUGGCGUCGAGAAAAUUUUCAGUACCGAGUUUCGAUAUGGACGAUGAUUCGGAUUAUGCGAUGAUUAAACGUAUCAAAAUGGAACCUGAAGCAAUGUUAUCGCAAGAUGAUGAUAUAAUGGCACAAUUACAACAGGAGAGUUCCGAUUUAGAAGUGGAACCAAGUUUUACAUUAGAGGGUGCAACAAAUGGUGAUGAGGGAAAUGAUGGUAUUUUAAUGCAACACAUGGAUAUAAGAGAACCAUUAUCGAGGCUUAAAAGUUUAUUGGAGGAAAGACUCGGUGAAGAUUUAACUGAUUUUUCCUUUUGGUUGCAAGACACUCAAAUGUUGGAGUGUCAUAAAAAUUUGGUGGAUCAAUGCGUUCAAGGUGAAGGUCUAGUGCAAGUUAAUGUACAAAUUAGAUUUGCACAGCGACGUAUUAAUAUUGUUGAUGUUUUAAAACCAGCCGAUGAUUAUGUGGAAUUAGUCGAUCACAGUCCUUCCACUACACCAGUGUCGGAUAUAAAAAGUAAUGUCAUUAAAUGGACAAUUGAUCAUCAGUAUAAAAAAGAACAGGAGAGAUUAAAAAUUCCUUCCGAUCCAAGAGAUUGGACACAAACGCAAGUGAAACACUGGCUUCAAUGGGCAGUGAGACAAUUUAAUUUACCCUCUUUAAAAUUGGCCGAUUGGAAUAUAAGCGGUGCACAACUUUGUAAUUUAACUCACGAUGAAUUUAAAACAAAAGUACCAACCGAUCCAGGAGAAGUAUUUUGGACACAUUUAGAAUUAUUGAGAAAAUGCAAAUUUGUUGCUGUCGUACAAAAUGAUCCACCAUCAUCGCCUGAAGUUAAUUUGGAAGUAAUACCAAAAGUAAAACAACAAAAACCAGUGAAAUCACGAAAUUUUACAAAUCAAGUGUCACGUGUUUAUAAUAUGCCAAUUACAAAUAAUACAGAAUCGCCAAUAACAUUGGCAAGUUCAAGUCGAAGUGUUAAUAGUGGUCAAAUUCAAUUAUGGCAAUUUUUAUUGGAAUUAUUGACUGAUCGUGAACAUGUUGGUGUAAUACAUUGGGUUGGAACUGAAGGUGAAUUUAAAUUAAGUCAACCGGAAAUUGUUGCACAAUUAUGGGGUAAAAGGAAAAAUAAGCCAACAAUGAAUUAUGAAAAAUUAAGUAGAGCACUACGUUAUUAUUAUGAUGGUGAUAUGAUAUCAAAGGUACAUGGUAAACGAUUUGUUUAUAAAUUUGUUUGUGACUUAAAAGAUUUAUUGGGUUAUUCAGCUGAAGAUUUAAGUAGACUUGUCACCGAAGGCGCUGGAAGGUAUUAUAAUGAAAAUUUUCAAUUUUAAAAAAAUUUUUGCCUUAAAUUUUUAAUUCUUUUUUUUUUCAUGUAAAUAAAUUUUUUUUUUUUUAA